UCUGGUCACACUGCUUUGCUGGCUCAUUCGCACUAGCACAACAACAACAAAGCGAAACAAUAAUCAAAAAGGAAACAGAGUCCGCUCCUAAACACUAAUAUUCUAGUUUCACUUUGCAAAGGGUGAAGUGAGUGAUUUUUUUUCGUUUUCCUCUGUGUCUGGGGCUGUCCAGCUGUGUGAUUGCGCAAUCGAAAGCGCCCAACCCCAACCCCCGCGCCAACCACCUUAGUUCCAUUCCAUCCCAGUGUGUGUUUGUUUGUGUGUGUGUGCGCGCGAGUGCCAGUGCUAGUGUGUAAACAACAACAGUAAGCGCGAACACGGAGGAACAGAGGAGAUUGAUUGAAAGAGCGGAGACUUUUGAUGGGCAACUCGCAACCAAGGCAUGAGAGCAGAAGGACACCGCAAGGCACUCAAGAAGCAGCGGAACUGAGCGAGCCGCUGGAGCAGCAGCAGCAACAGCCAGAAGAGCAACAGAGACAGCAGGCGACGUCAUCGAUAACCUUUGGCUGCGGAGGCAGCAGCACCAGGAGAUCCCAGGCUCAGAUCCAUACCCAAUCCCCACCAGCUGCCCCAGCAGUAGCGGAUUCGCAACCAGCAGCAGCAGAGGCGCAGCAGCAGCAGUCGCACCAACAGCAACAGCAGCAGCAGCUCUCCACGUGGAGUCUUGGCAGUCUUGGCGGCGGACGACUCACCUGGAGCUUCUCCGCGGCCCGCAACUCUUUCCGUCACCGGAACAAAGCCACGCGCAAGAGCUUGACUUCGCUACAUGGCUCUCGGCGCAGCAAGACACAGUGGCAUCGACCUCUGACCAAUUCCAUCUUUAACUCUCACUUCAAGGAGUCCAGUCGCAACGAGCAGUUUCGCCUGGAGCAUCUGGUGGCCAAGGGAGCCUUUGGUGUGGUCUUUAAGGUGUGCGACAAGACCGACAGCAGCGCCUGCUACGCUCUCAAAGUGCUAAAAAAAUCAAAGCUCAUCGAGGACAACAGCGUGCGUCAGAUUAAGGACGAGGCUGAUAUUCAAAAGGUGUGCGGUCACCAUCCGUUUAUUGUGAAGCAGAUCGAUCUGUGGCAGAACCGACACAAUCUACACAUCCUUUCCGAAUAUGUACCGAAUGGCGAAUUGUUCUCCAAGAUAGGACACUUUUCCAUUGACCUGGUGCGCUUGUACAUCGGUGAGAUAGCUCUUGCUUUGGACUUCCUCCACAACGCCGGCAUUAUCUAUCGGGAUGCCAAGCCGGAGAACAUUCUGCUAACGCAUCAAUUCCACGUCAAGUUGACCGACUUUGGCCUUAGCAAGUGGCUCAAACUGGGGGCCAAUACGCGCACCAUGUGUGGCACUUUCAAAUACAUGGCCCCAGAGAUUCUAUGCGGCGAACCUUAUGGCCAUGCAGUGGACUGGUGGGCCUUGGGCGUCAUUGCCUGCCAGAUGCUGACACAGAAGUCGCCCAACAUCAAGCGGCAUCUGAUGAUGCGUCGCCGUCAGGAGAGUGUGUCCCAGGAGGAGGAGCGCCUGUCCAAUGCCCCGUCCAUUGCCCAGAUCAAUGGCUGCCUGCAGGACAGCGAUGAUGGCGACAGCAAUAGCGAUGAUUUCUUGCCGGAUGCUGUGCACAGCCUAAGUCACGAGGGGCAGGACGUGCUCCGCCAACUGCUGGCUAUAGAGCCGCGUCAGCGUAUCCGCAGUGUGAUGGCGCUGCAGAGGAUUGCCCUCUACAAGGGCUACAAGCUGAGUGCCAAGCGACUCCUCGGUCUCUCUCCGCGAGACAUCAUUGCCCGGGAUGGUAUCCGGGUGUACGAGUACAGUCAGUUUGAUCAGGCAACCAGCCAGUGUGCCAUCAAAGCAUUCCAGAACUUCUAGUGGGAGCUAGGACUUUGUGUUUAGCCAUAUUUUUCAACGGUAUUUGUUUUUUAUUAAAAUUUAUAUUAACAUUUUAAUGAAUAAUUCA